GAUUGCAAGAAUGUCAGCCACCCAAGUCAACACCAAAACUGAUGACUAUGAGACAAACCGUUGCUUAUCUUCUUCGGACUGAAUCUCUAUUUGCAGAUGAAGCGUAUGGAAGAGAUUCACCCCCUCCUGCUAAGAGAGCACGAGCAUCCCCCAGAGAAGGCAAAAACAAACGAAAGCCUGCAAAAAACGCACGAGAUGAAAGUGAGGAAUCAGACGACAAGCUGUAUGAGAAGGACCUGAAGGCUGCCAUUGCCCUGUCCAAGAAGGAGGCAUCCCAUUCACCUGAUGAAGACAUGGGUAGUGAGGAAGAUUUCGACCAUGGUGACAGUGAUUAUGAAGCUUCAAAGAAAAAGGGCAAAAAAGGAAAAAAGACUAAAGCAGAGAAGAAAGAGAAACGGAUUCCCAAAAAGCCUAGGAAAGCAGCUGAAGCAGGAGAUGAUGAAAGCGAAGAUGAAAAAGGCCACAAAGAUGGUCGUCAGAAGAGGCAAGCUGCAUCCAAAGCUGCAAGCAAACAGAGAGAAAUCCUGCUGGAUGACGGAGGGAGUGAAGAAGAGCAUGAAGAUGACGAAGAAGCUGUUCAGGAAAAAGGGGAUUCUGGAAGUGAUGCAGACUUUUAUGUGGAAGAUGAUGAUGACAGCGACUAUGAGAGCUCUUUGAAGAAGAGCAAAAAGGGACGGAAGACUAAAACAGUACCUGAGAAAAAAGAAAAGAAGACGCCCAAACCCAGGCUUAGUGCCACAGGUAAGCUGCAUACUUCUGCUAAUGGGAAACUUGCUGUGUGCAGAAUUUCAACAUUGCUAAAAGGAAAUAAUUUGAAGCUUUUUCCUCUUGCAUUCAUCUGGACUAGGAUGGAAGAAACAGACUUGAGAAACCAAUUUAUACAGCUAUUGUAGGCAUUACAUUGCAGC